AUGCAGUCACUCAUUCCUCUCUUCAUUCUCCUGGUCGCGAUUAUCAUUUUCUCCGUUAUUGCGUACAUUGCGUACAGCAUCGUCCAAGAAGUCGGCAAGAAUACUCGCUCGAAAAUGGAGAAGAAAAAUGUUAUGUUUACGAGGGAUGGGGUGAAAGUUGGAGUGAAGGAGCUGACUGAGGAGGACUAUGUAGAUCGAAGCCAGAGUAUUCUGGUCAACAUUUGGAAUCACACCUCGUUUCCGGCGUAUAAGAGCCGUCUUUGGAAUAUGACUGGCUCAACGGCGGGGGCAGAGACAGAGAAAAGGAAACCGUGA